GAUUCGAAAAAUAGACGCGGUCGUCGACAGUCGUGAUUUAGUCAUUUAGUAUCGUUUUCGAAUGAAAUUAUUUACCGUUGCUUUCAAAUAAACAAACUGAAACAUAAUAAAAUAAUAAAGAAUCUUAUGGACUUUCUUUUUCUUUUAUAAGUGUUGUGAAAGUUCCAGUUAGAAAGUAUACUCUGCUUCGGUCGUAUUUAUACGUGAUUGCUGUAUACCAGUCGUUAUAUACAAAUUAUCUUUCAACAUAGAAUCAUCAAUAUGCCAAUUAGUCAGUUAGAAAUAUCGAAUAAGGGCAAAGUGAUUGACUUAAGGAGUGAUACGGUAACAUUACCUGACGUCCACAUGCGUCAAGCUAUGUUUGACGCUGAAGUCGGUGAUGAUGGUUAUGGCGAGGAUCCCACUGUAAACCUUUUGGAGGAGAAGACAUCAAACCUUUUUGAAAAGGAAGCAGCAUUAUUUUUGCCAAGCGGACUUAUGGGGAAUUUGAUUGCAAUGAUGGUUCAUUCAAAUCAACGUGGAAGUGAAGUAAUAGUUGGCCAUAAAAGCCACAUUUUGUUGUGGGAACAAGGAGGAGCUUCACAGAUCGCUGGAUUGCAACUACGAGAAGUAAAAAAUUUAGUAGAUGGCACUUUAGAUAUGACAGAUUUACGCGGAAAACUACGACCAGAGUGCCCAGAUCCUCAUGAACCAUUCACUUCAUUAGUGUGUAUAGAAAACACUCAUAACUAUUGUGGCGGUUCUGCUUUGCCUAUUGAAUGGAUUGAUAAGUUGGGAAAAUUCCUCAAGGAAAGAAACAUACCGUUGCACUUGGACGGAGCGAGAGUGUUCAAUGCAGCAGUAAGUCUCGGUGUGCCCGUCAGCCGUAUAGUGAAACACUGCGAUUCCGUGACAUUUUGCUUGAGCAAAGGUCUAGGAGCGCCCAUUGGUUCCGUGUUGGUCGGAUCAAAUACCUUCAUUGAAAAAGCCAGAAGAGUAAGGAAAGUCUUGGGUGGAGCAAUGCGACAAGCCGGAAUCGUGGCCGCAGCAGGUGUGUACGCCUUGGACAACUGUGUAGAAAGAUUAGCUGACGAUCACAGUAAUGUCAAAAAAAUUGCUCACGCCAUCCAACAGACGGGUAGUCCUUUUGUGACUGUCAAUCCGAACUCCCUUGACACAAAUAUUCUAUUGGUGAAUAUUACAUCACCCAAUUUCGACGCGAAAGAUUUUGCUUCAGAGCUAUUCAAGGUAGACACAGAUGCACACGAUACUAUUUUGAACAAGAUACGUUCAACGACUGUAAGGAUAUCACAGAUAAAUGACACCGCUGUGAGAAUCGUAUUGCACAAGAACAUUACCCAAAAUGACGUUGCUUUGGUAAUUGAAAAGAUAAAAUAUGUCAUUGGAAUGAUUGAACCGGUAGAUAAUCAUAAUUCAUCGGUCUAGUCGGUAUUUUGUACGUGUAUUACGAUGAAGGGUCGUCAAAUUUUCAAGAACUUGAAUUAAAAUUUCCUCUAAGAUGCUUAGCAGACUCGAACGUUUAUUUCAAUAAAAUUAUUUUAGAACUUUUGAAAUUACAAAAUUAUAAUAAUAAUAAUUUUAAACU